UGACCGAGGCGGCGGCGGCGGUAUGGCCGGGCGGCGGCUGAACGUGAACGUGGGCGUGCUGGGCCACAUCGACAGCGGCAAGACGGCGCUGGCGCGGGCGCUGAGCACCACGGCCUCCACCGCCGCCUUCGACAAGCAGCCGCAGAGCCGCGAGCGCGGCAUCACCCUCGACCUGGGCUUCUCCUGCUUCUCGGUGCCCCUGCCCGCGCGCCUGCGCUCGGCGCUGCCCGCGGCCCCGGCGGCGCCCGGCGAGCCGCAGCUGCAGGUCACGCUGGUCGACUGCCCCGGGCACGCCUCCCUCAUCCGGACCAUCAUUGGCGAGAAAAAUGAGACAAUAAUCCAGGCACAUGGCACAAAAGGGUGUAUGGCUAAAGAAAGUCUCCUCCUGCUCACUGCAGACCCAGGGGCCCAGAUCAUUGAUCUGAUGAUGUUGGUCAUCGAUGUGACCAAGGGGAUGCAGACCCAGUCAGCGGAGUGCCUUGUGAUCGGGCAGAUCGCCUGCCAGAAGCUGGUCGUGGUACUGAACAAAACAGACCUCUUAGCCGAAGGGAAGAGGCAGGCAGCGAUUGAUAAAAUGACCAAGAAAAUGCAGAAGACUCUAGAGAACACCAACCAAGGCCGUCUGCUUAGAGCCCACUCGGGGUUCCCUUGGCCCUGCCUCCCUCCUGGGAUCUGGUGGAAUGCCAAAUCCUGUGAUUUGGCUGCUGUGGAGCUGGCUCUUCUUACAAGGUUCCGAGGUGCACCAAUUAUACCUGUGGCGGCCAAGCCUGGGGGACCAGAGGCCCCUGAAACAGAAGCUCCACAGGGCAUCUCGGAGCUCAUUGAGCUCCUGACGUCCCAGAUUUCCAUCCCAACGAGAGACCCUUCAGGACCGUUCCUCAUGUCUGUGGACCACUGUUUCUCCAUCAAAGGCCAAGGCACUGUGAUGACAGGGACCAUCCUUUCAGGCUCCAUCAGCCUUGGCGACAGUGUGGAGAUUCCUGCCCUCAAGGUGGUGAAGAAGGUCAAGUCCAUGCAGAUGUUCCACAUGCCUGUCACCUCAGCCAUGCAGGGAGACCGGCUGGGCAUCUGUGUCACUCAGUUUGACCCCAAGCUGCUGGAGCGUGGCCUGGUGUGUGCCCCUGAGUCCCUGCACACUGUCCACGCGGCCCUCAUCUCCGUGGAGAAGAUCCCGUAUUUCCGGGGGCCCCUGCAGACCAAGGCCAAGUUCCACAUCACGGUGGGCCACGAGACGGUCAUGGGCCGGCUGAUGUUCUUCAGCCCCGCCCCCAACAGCUUUGACCACGAGCCUGUGCUGGACUCCUUUGACUUCUCUCGGGAAUACCUCUUCCAGGAGCAGUACCUGUGCAAGGAUCUGGCGCCGGCGGUGACAGACAGUGGCGAGGCUGAUAAGAAGGCGGGUCAGGCCAUAGAAGGCCGCUGCCCCCGGCAGCAGUGGGCCCUGGUGGAGUUUGAGAAGCCUGUCACCUGCCCUCGGCUGUGCCUGGUGAUCGGCUCCAGGCUAGAUGCAGACAUUCAUGCAAACACGUGCCGGCUGGCCUUCCAUGGUGUCCUGCUCCAUGGGCUGGAGGACAGGAACUACGCCGAGAGCUGCCUGCCACGGCUGAAAGUGUACAAGCUAAAGCAUAAGCAUGGCCUUGUGGAGCGGGUGAUGGAUGACCACAGCGUGAUCGGCCGCUCCCUGUUCAAAAAGGAGACCAACAUCCAGCUCUUCGUGGGGCUCAAGGUGUACCUGUCUACUGGGGAGCUAGGGGUCAUUGACAGCGCUUUUGGCCAGAGUGGCAAGUUCAAGAUCCACAUCCCUGGUGGUCUUGGCCCCGAGUCCAAGAAGAUCCUGACGCCCGCCCUCAAGAAGCGGGGCCGGGCUGGCAGAGGAGAGGUGGCCAAGCAGGAGGAGGGCAUGGAGCGGCCCGAGCCCGCACAGCACGUGGCGCUCAGCCUGUCUUUCAAGCGCUAUGUCUUCGACACCCACAAGCGCAUGGUCCAGUCUCCCUGAGUGCCCCGGUGACCUCUCCCAGGGCCACCUUGCCCAGGACUGGGCUGGGCUGCAGUGCCAAAUGCCCAACCACAUGUGCCUCGACCUCCUCCAGUCUCUCCCUGCUGCCCUGCGGGCAGGAGGCCCCCAGGCCUGGCAUUCAGCCCCAGUGAGAAGCCAGUGAGUGGUGGGGUACAGUGUUCUUCCACCCCUGCACCUUCCUGCCAGGGGCAGCACCCACCUAGGAAUGGGCCUUGUCUGGAGAGCUGGUGGCCAGUGUCUUCCAGGCUGCCCAGCUGGUGGCCAUCUGAAGGCCAAUCCCCACCCUGCCCCCUGGCAGCUGGGCACUUGCCAGCUGCAAAUAAAUGUCCUGUGGUGCCACCCACUCUGCUGAUCUUUCUCGGUGGUCUCGCUGGGGGGG